AAGAUGGUGAUCUUGAACCAAAAGUUUUAGAUGCGCGCUGGACUGGAAAUAGUUCGAUUAUAACUAUUCUUCAAGCGCCCAAAUGGGAUCGUAAAAGAUUUGGAGACAAUUAUAUGGUUGCGCCUGCAGCAGUUGGACAUUUUACUUUGGAUGAUAAUCAUGGAAAUAAAUAUAGGUUUACAAAAUAUGCAUACUUUGUAAAUGAAUAUACUGAAAUUAAUACAGCUAUUCAAAACCACCAAGGAGAAAAUCCAGUAAAUGUGGAGUCCAUAUAUGGGGGUAAUUUUAACAUUCAGCGUGGUGCAACAGUAAGGGUUGAAGCAAGCUAUUUAUGUGAAAAUAAGAAAAGCGAAAC